AGCACCAGUCAUUCCAACCCCUUCAUGCGGAUCCAUUCGUCGGCUCGCAAUCACCGCCCCAUCCCAGUCUCUAUCAUGCACCCGCUCACGACCCGUUCACGAGCCCACCACUACAGCAUAGUCCACCGCCUGUCCAUCCUUCUUCCCCUCCAAUUCAUCCCAGAUCUGGUGACUAUUACAAUGCCGGGUACGGCAACAUUCAUGGCGUGACGCCCCCUCCGCUGCAACAUACCCCCGUAUCCCUGUACGAUCCAGGCCCAUCGACCGAAACACUGGGAGAGCCGGAAGAGGGCAUGGAUGAUAUGGGCGAUUAUCCGUUGUUAAGACGCGACCAGAGUUCUGCAUCGUCUUCGCGCAUGCCUGGCGACUACGAGCCGGUGACAGGGGAUGAUACAUCCGAAAGCAAUAUUCGGUACGGGCGGAUUCCACAGCGCGUACCGCGCCGACUCAAGACAAUCAAGAAGGUCGAGCUAUUCCAGGGCAACUUCGUGCUAGACUCCGCAGUGCCCACGAAGCUUCUCGAUAUGUGCGGACAGCGUAACGAGCGCGAGUUUACGCACAUGCGAUACUCGGCGGCGACGUGCGACCCUAACGACUUCAAGGACUCUGGGUUUACCCUGCGGCAGGUGCACUACGACCCCCCGAGAAGGACAGAGCUAUUCAUAGUGAUGACGAUGUACAACGAGGACGAAGAGCUCUUCUGCCGCACGAUGCACGGUGUGAUGAAGAACAUCGUGCAUUUGUGCAAGCGUGAGCGCAGUAUGACCUGGGGAAAGGAGGGCUGGAAGAAGGUUGUAGUGUGCAUCGUGUCUGACGGGCGGCAGAAGAUCAACUCGCGGACGUUGAGUGUUAUUGCAGCCAUGGGCGCAUAUCAGGAGGGCGUCGCAAAGAAUGUCGUCAACGGCAAACCCGUGACGGCCCAUAUAUACGAGUACACGGCGCAAAUCUCCGUGACACCGUCAAUGAAGAUCGAGGGCGCUGAGCGCGGGAUCGUGCCCGUGCAACUCAUCUUCUGCCUGAAGGAGAAGAACCAGAAGAAGAUCAACUCGCAUCGGUGGUUCUUCAAUGCGUUCGGGCCGAUCCUCCAACCCAAUGUUUGCGUGCUCCUCGAUGUUGGAACCAUGCCGGGACCUACGUCCAUCUAUCACUUGUGGAAAGCCUUUGAUAUCAAUUCUAAUGUUGGCGGCGCAUGUGGCGAGAUCGUCGCUCUCAAGGGAAAGUACGGGCAGAACCUGAUCAAUCCUCUCGUUGCCGCGCAGAACUUCGAGUACAAGAUGUCCAAUAUUCUGGAUAAACCUCUGGAGUCGGUCUUUGGCUACAUCACUGUACUUCCUGGUGCUUUCAGUGCCUACCGCUAUAUCGCCCUACAGAAUGAUGCGACAGGCGUUGGUCCGCUGCAGAAGUACUUCUUAGGGGAGAAGAUGCACGGAGCCGGGGCCGAUAUAUUUACGGCGAACAUGUACCUUGCCGAAGACCGAAUUCUGUGUUGGGAGCUAGUCUCGAAACGGGGUGCUUCAUGGCUCUUGCAUUACGUGAAGUCUGCGUAUGCAGUAACGGAUGUCCCUGACCAGGUUCCGGAGCUUAUCUCGCAACGUCGUCGAUGGCUAAACGGAUCUUUCUUCGCUGGCAUUCAUGGGACAGUGAAAUUCCACUACAUCUACCGGUCGUCGCAUUCGUUGUUGCGUAAAUUCUGGAUACAUAUCGAGUUCAUCUAUCAGACCUUCAACCUACUGUUUUCUUGGUUCGCUCUUGGCAAUUUCUACAUCUUCUUUGUGAUCUUGAGUGACUCGCUGGAGGACCCGUCGUUCAAUUUGGGCAAACCCAUUGAAUACUUUAACCUCGUCUUGAAUUUCUUCUACCUCGGUCUCCUGAUCAUGUGCUUCCUUCUAUCGUUGGGCAACCGGCCACAGGGAUCGAAAUGGGGUUAUACAUUUGCGAUGAUCGGCUUCUCGUUGAUUACGGUCUACAUGACGGUGGCGGCAUUCUUUUUGGCUUUCAAAGGCAUUGAGAACGUGAUCAAAUCCAAAGGACCCUUGACUGCCUCGGAUCUUUUCAGCAAUGCUAUUUUCAGAGAUAUCGUCUUGUCCUUGCUGUCGACGUACGGAUUGUAUCUUCUUGCAUCGCUGGUCCAUUUCGAGCCAUGGCACAUGAUCACAUCUUUUUUGCAGUACUUACUGUUGGCCCCCUCGUACAUUGCAGUCCUCAACGUCUAUGCCUUCGCCAACGUUCACGAUGUAUCAUGGGGCACUAAGGGUGAUAACAAGGUCUCUACCGAUCUCGGCGUCGUCAAGACUGGAAAGAAUGAGAACCAGGUCGAGGUCGCUGUCCCGACCGCAGAAACCGACAUCAAUGCCGCAUAUGACGACGCGAUUCACAUGCUGCAAACGAAACCACCAAAAGAGGAACCAAAGCAUGAUCCACAGACCGAGCAGGAGGAUUACUACAGAAGCUUCCGAACGAAAAUUAUACUUAUGCUCACUGCGACCGGUAAAUCGUCGGACAUGAGCGCUGAAAAGACUGUCGACGGUUACAUGGCAUUCAUUCUGUUCUCUGUUGCGGGUCUAGCACUCGUUCGGUUCAUUGGGUCAACAAUAUAUAUGAUCGUCCGCCUAUUUGCCCGCGAAUAAACUUGUAACAGGUAUCGACUGUUGUCAUUGGUAUACGGACAGUUGCCGUGCUUUGCUUGAUAUGAACUUGCUUGACAUGAACCCUAUAUAUUGAUUGCUACAUCGAAACUGCUACUGAUACCCUGUAGUGACUAGCUAUUAGCUAUAGUACACACCUAUCGUGACUGAA